AUGGGGAAAUCAAGUGGCAGCUGGCAGCUCCAAGGGCAGCUCGGUGCCAUGGCAACUGCUUCCAUCAACAACAACGAGUGGUCGGUAUGGAGAGAGCGAAGAAGCCUGCGCUCUAGGGACCCAGCUGCAGAGGGCUUGCGCGCAGCCCGCGGCCGUCCGGGGACCCGGGCCUCCCGUCCGGCCGGCGCCCGCUCGGUGGCCUUCGCCAGGCCCCGCCCCGCGAGCCCCUCCGACCUCCGCCCGGGCGGGCAGCUCCAGCCGAGCUCCUGCAGCGCUGCACCGUGCGAGCGGGCGGGCGGGCGGGCGCGCGGAGGGCGGGCCGGCGCGGGCGGGCCGCGGGCACUGAUUGGCUUGGCCAGCGCCACGUUCCGAGGCCGUUUAUGGCGGCGGGGCCGGGCCACCGCUCCAAAACAAAGGGCAGGCGGCCGCGGGGCGGCGGCGGGAGGAUGCCUCGCGGCGGGCCAGGGCGCCAACGGCCACACCGCGUCCCGGGCCGCACCGGGACCGCCUGAGCGCCGAGCCCGCUCCGACAGAGCCGGGGCCGGAUGGGCGCUGCGGACCGGGCCGCGGACCGCCGAGCGGCCGUUGCACUGGUUUUCUUUUGCCCCAGUGUGUGGACACUACCACACGCCUUCCAAACCAGCAACGGCUCUUGCAUGUAUUUUCCAGUGUUUCCUUUGUCAGAGAGUCCGACGGAGCCAUAGCUCCUCCAGAGCUGGCCCGGAGCUGAUAGACGAGCGCCCAGCAGACAUGGUGAAAAUGACCAAAUCCAAAACAUUCCAAGCUUAUCUGCCACACUGUCACCGAACUUACAGCUGUAUCCACUGCAGAGCCCAUCUGGCCAAUCACGAUGAACUCAUCUCCAAGUCCUUUCAGGGAAGUCAGGGGCGAGCCUACCUCUUCAACUCUGUGGUGAAUGUGGGCUGCGGCCCCGCUGAGGAGAGAGUCCUCCUAACUGGGCUGCAUGCAGUGGCCGACAUCUACUGUGAGAACUGCAAGACUACGCUUGGGUGGAAAUACGAACACGCCUUUGAGAGCAGCCAGAAAUACAAGGAAGGAAAAUUUAUCAUUGAACUUGCCCACAUGAUCAAAGACAACGGCUGGGAGUAAAGUGAAGCAGCACACUCUGCCGUGAAAGCCGAGUGUGAUGAAGACCUAGCUGCUUGAUGACAAUACCUGUUGAACCUAACCCCACAGGCCAGCCCAGUCUGAACACUUGAAGGCCUCUCUCUUGGUGCCCCCAUCUGAGUCCCCUUCAUGUACACUGGUGUUUCUGGAAGUCUGCAUUCUUUUUCUAACUUAAGUUCUAGAGAAAGAAUUAACCAAGUGAUGACUCACCUGCCUAGUUAAUACCUUCUUUUCCCCUACGCCUUCGACGUAGUCUGGCUGUGUCUUCACCAAAGCCAAGUCCCUAAAAGCACAGAAGCAGGGUCUCCUUCACAAGCAUUGGCAUAGUGACCAGAAGUAGCCAACAGAUUUAAGUGCAAAGCAUGAUGCUUCAAAAGUUGAAACCAGCCACUGCUGAUAUGUUAGAGAAGCUACAGAAGAAAACAUUCAAUGCACAUCUUAUUUCACUAGUGGCUGAGUGUGCUGGCCCAGGCCUACCGCAGCCUGCUCCUGACUCCCUCAGUGCUGCAGCAGCUCGUAUGUAGGGCUGGUCCCUGUCAUAGAGCAGUAGGCUGGGCUUCAUUUUUACCCUGGAUGUACUUGAAGUAGUUAUGCAUAGAGGCCGGAACCAGCAGGGAGAACUUCAAAACUUGAGAUUUUUUUUUUUCUUUUCUCCUGAUAAAGGAAGACUUAGCAUACUGUGGGAGCUACCUUUCCUGCCUGGAGUCACCUCAUGACCUGAGAGGGAAGGGUCUGGGCUUCCCAAAAGCCCUGGAUCUCUCAGAUUUUAGGUCACAACCCAUCAUCCCCCAUACAUCCACAGGAGUGACCAGUUUGCAGAAGAUGGAGGCCAGAACCAUUCCCAGAUAAGUUUCAAUUUUUUUGCACCUGACCCAGGGCAAAGCAACAUGCCAGGAGAGUGCUCAGCCACAGUUUGCUCUAGCGCUGCCUGAGGUGUGGUUAGCCUAAAAGCCCCAAACCUUCUAAACCCAGGUCCUCUGGCCAGCACAGAC